AUGGUAUACAGAUUUCACGAUCAAGUUUUCAAUAAAAUGACACCGGAAAAAAGAGCAAGGAAUUUAUGUGUUAUGAAAGCAUUGUCAAGAGAUAGCAUGAGACUUAAUAAAAAUAAAGAAAAUGAAAAUCCUCUCAACAAUAACACGACGCCUUUUAAUUUAAAACAUUCGACACCGAUAAAAUAUCGUAAAAUAACAGAUUCGAAUUAUCCAGAACGUAUUUCUCCAGUCGAUAUCAAUACGACGGAUUCGGAAAAUUUUCUAGAAAAAAAAAAAAAAGAUCCAGAUGAGCCAAAAUUAGUUUUUGCAAAAAUUUACGAAUUGACACCGAACGGAGAAACGAACGUUAUCGAAACAACAACGACAACAACAACAACAACAUCUCGAAACGAUUAUUCGAAAUCAUCAGAAUUUGAAAUAAUAGUACCGGAAAAAAAAUUACAAAAUGGAGAAUUAAAUUCUAGAAAAAAAGAAUCGAAUUGGAAAUCUUUAAACGUUUUAAACGAUGUUGCCGAAUAUGAAUUUUGUAAAAGUUUAGAACAAUCGAAAUUGUGUCUGUCGACAUCGAAUUUACUGGAAGAAAUAGAAGCUGAUUUACCCUCGCAUUAUUCGUUGGCAAAACCAUUAAAUCAUACAUUUCAUUCAUUGGAAAGUUACAGGACCGUAACGAGGCUAGCAAGAAACGAUAAAAAUUUAACUACGAUCGAUUAUGUUGAAACGGACGUCGACGAAGGGGAUGAAAAAGUUUUACUGUUGAAAAAACUUGAUUUUUUAGAAAUGGAAGCUACGAUACAAAAAGCCAAAAUUCGUCAAGCUCAAAAAGCUAUGACGCUGUCGAAGAAUAAAAAAUCAAUGGAUGUUGAAUAUUUCGAAUGUGAAAAAACUCUUUUGCUGUCGGGGCUUCGAUUGAAUGCAGCCUUGCAAGAAAUGGAAAGGUUAAAACGUUCGCAGGGUACUGCGAACGGUUGUUUUAAAGACAAUUACGGUCAAGUCACCAUCAGGGAAAUAGUUUUUUACGUUGAUGACGUCACACUCAACAAGGAUGGAAAACUUUAUUUCGAUCAACCGAUGAAAUUUCAAAAUUUAAACAAGGAUUUUGUCAUAAACAUACAAUUGUACAAACGCCGCGGAAAAGAGGGAAAAGAACCUAAAAAAAUAUUUUUGAUGAAAAAACUCAAAGAAUUGGCGGGUAACACAUUACAAAAAACCAUAACGACGAGUUCUGUCGGUGAAAAACACGAUUUCGAAUGCGUUGCAUCGACACGUUUGAAAUUGGAAAACGUAUCGAAUCGUAAACAAGACAAAUGCGUACUUAAAUUUUCCGAGCCUCCUCAACAUCCCGUGAUGAGAGACGCUUUGGUUUUAUAUUUGAAAACGGAUUUCAACGUGGAGACGAAAGAUGCGUUUGGAUUUUUAAACGUUUUCAACAAUUCCUGUUGGCAAAGAUGGUGGUUUUCACAAAGCGGAUAUUAUUUAAAUUCUUGGUUGUAUCCGGAAGACGAAGAAAAUAAUAAGGUUCCAGUGUAUUCUUUGCACUUGCCCUCGUGCACGGAAAAAGUCAAAAUUGCCGAUUUGGAAGUUUGCAUUCGACCACAUUCGUUCGUCGUCGUGACGGGACCACCGAAUAAUAAAGAAGAAAUUUUAUUUUCAGCCGAAUCGAAUAAAGACAUGAUUAAAUGGAUGAAUCAUUUAAAUUUAAUAAUCGAAUGCGUUCGUUUGUGGAAACCGAACGCGUGA